AAAAUCGAACGUGCCGUGUACGGUGAGCGACCGAUGUCGAUCCGCAAACGGGUGUGCGUUACUCCGCUCCGGCUGUGAGGCUUCCGUGUUUAUUUAAUCCGGCUUACCGAUAUUAUGGUGCUGCAUUUACUACCUCAGUGCUGAACCGGCUGAACCGGCUGAACACUUCACAAACCGGAAGGACAAAAUUAUUGCUUGUGGAUAUUCGGGUUGGCUGCCCGGCAAUGAUGUCUUACCGACACAGCAUUGCCAGCACGGCUAGUGAGGAGACGUCCUGUGAUGUGAACAACAACAAUCUGCUCGGCGCCAACAAUCUGCUCCGGUUGGCGCUGAAGAAACCGAACGGCUGGAAAUGGGAGCUCACAACUUCAAGUUCCUCGCCCAACAUAAGCUUCCCGAAGAUACAGCUGUUUGAUGGCGUUAGCGGUGAGCUGAUGGUGGAAGUCGAUCGACCGGACUGCGUCAUCCGAUCGGAUUGUUCGGACGCUGGGCGAGGAGUAGCCGAUCAAUCGGGGCUGAUGCAGAGUAGUAGCAGCUCGCGGGAACUGGACUCCCGGCAGGGACGCUAUCGACGUUCACGCACAUCCUUGGUGAAGGAGAAGCUAUCCACAUCCGGUGACUCGCUAGCGGACAUCUUCAAUCAACUGCAAAACAAAGGUCUCGGCCACAAGUUGUCGACGAGUGGUUCACAGUAUAGGCUGCUCAAUGGAGACACGGACGAUGGUCGAGGAUCGCUGCAGAAGAGCAAAUCGGCUAAUGCUAUUGGGGUGCCGGAAGCGCCACCGAUCGUGCGGCGCAGAUCACGCCGCUCGUUAGCCAGCCGGUCUAGCUCGAUUCUGGAACGUAUCAGCGAGUUCUACGGCCGUAGCUCGACCGAGGAGGAAGACGCACGAGACUUACCGCUGGUACUGCCACCCGUUCCACAGCUCGCACUGCCAACGAACGAUCCCCAGGAGGCCGAACCCGACAGCGGUGUAACGAUCGAAGAGAUGCCGCCCGAUCCAUCAACCACACCUAUCAAACCACGGCCCAAAAUCUACAAGCUCGUGCGCAGCAACAUUGGCACGCUGAUGGUGCGCGAGGAGAGCUUCCACACGCAGCGUAGCUUAAGAAGGCGACAGCGCGAAAACGGACAGCUCGCACCAUCCCAGGACACGGACCGGCUGGUGGAGCUAGACGAACAGACCGAUCGUCCACGUCCCAUGGACAGUGGUGAGAUGGAACGGUUCCGGUACGAGCGCGAAAUCAAUCACAUCGAUGGUCUCCUGUCGCGCGUCAUGCUAUCGCACGAUCUGCAAACCGAAGAGGAACCCCGUGAGGCACCAAGCAUACGCAUCUCGGAACCUCCGGAUGUGGUGGAACCGGUGAAUGGGUUCGCUGCUCACCAGAAUGGUGGAACUUCGCACCGGAAGCGUCGCUCAAGGCGUAGUGUCAGUGUGGGCGGUAGCAUCACCUCGCCCCAUCGUCGAUCGAUAUCGUCAGGACGGAAUCACUCGCCCACGGAUCCGUACACGCGACGAAACGGGCGUCGCUCAGCAUCCAGCUCCUCCACGUCGGACACGGAGCAUGAUGCUAGAAGACGGGACCAGCGUACCGGAAGUUCCUCCCGAUCUGGUUCGCAGAAGCGCCGAGGCCGAACGGGUCACCGCACGAAAGAUCCAGACAACGGUUCCCGUGCAGCGAUCAGUAACGGUGACCAGCUCAUCAGCCGAACCGGCGAACCCGAACGGCCAUCGGUAGCUGAGAGUUCCGAGUCAUCCGCACAACUCACCAACAGUGCAGCAGAACGUAUCGAACGGAAACCACCAUCUCCGCAGCAGCCAGCAGCAGCAGCAACAACAGUGUCAAGUAAUGAUCGACCUGAAGAGCGCCCUCUAGUGAGGAAUCGGGCGGAGGGACGAUCAAAGACAAAGCCAAGCAGUAACGGUGCAUCAACAGCAACCGUCUCUUCCUUUCUGACCGAUAGCUAUAACGCAUCCGAUAAGGUCCUCCAAAAACUCGUCCAAAGCCUUGGCAGAUCGCUAAACACCCGCAAGCGCGAUCGUCUCGAGGCAAAGCGGAAAGGUGGUUCCUCCUGGUUACGGCACGUGCCAGGCUGUUGUUCGGGGUCGGGUAAAUCUGUCUCACCACCGGCGCGAGACUCGACCAUCUCGGAAGCUGACAGCUGCUUGCGCUAUCGCAACGAACGCAACCGUCUGCCGAGCGUUACCACCGACACGUUGCUUGAUCGAGCAACGCCCAUCACCGACCGGAAAGAUACGGACGAGGAGGAAGACGAAGACGACGAGGAGGAAGAGGACGCGUACCUUAGAGGAGGCAUCUAUCGUAGUGUGUACUGCGGCAAUGGAUCGACGUACGAUGACGUGCGGUUCAUACUUGAUCGGCAGCUGCUGGAAUAUCCGGAGGUGGAAUCGGCAGUAGAGCUUACCUGUUCCUAUCCACCAGAACACAACCACACCGGUGACGACGACGACGACCUAUACGAAGAUAACUACAACGAACACGAACACCCAAGCGAACGAACGUGCGCACUGCAGCGUAGUGCUAGUGAACGAACCGAACGUAACCGGUGCCCACGAACGAAUAUGGGAGCGAAUGUGUCCUCCUCUGCUCGACAGCACGCGAAAGGACUUACCAGUGGACGACGGGCCCAAUCAAUUGAUAAUCUUAAGUCAGACACCACACAAUAUUUCCACCAGUACCACAACAACAACAACGGCGAUACGUUCCACCAUCAAACGUUUCUGGCCGACAGUGCCGGAAGUAACGCGGAUGGAGGUGAGGACGGUCUCGAGAAGCAGCCACCACCGCCAGACCUGGCCUGUCUGCCCGGCACCGGGCAACUACCGCACACCGAACAGCUAGAUCUGCAGCAGCAGCAGCAGGAUCACGUCAUCUACGUUAGCCGCAAGGAUCGCAACAAGUUCUGUGGGAGUUUGCCGAACCAUCUCGACCUGGAUGCGUCCACCAUCGAUCGGGACUGUGAAGCGAUCGUCAAACAGAACGAGUUUCUACAGGCGAAUCUGAAAAACGUACAACAGCACCAGCAGCAGCAAACUCUACCACGAACCGGCGUUUGCAGUCAACCGGGCGGAGUAAAUCCAUCCAAUCCUCCAACCGGCGUGCCACACGCGCAACAGCUGACAUUCGGCGGAACCGUCCCGGAUCAUCCGCCGGUCGGCACCCAACAUUUGCCUCCGCAGCUACCAGCAACAUAUCAGCACCAUCACGGAUCACCACUGCUGUGCACGAAUCCAUCGGCGAAAGGAUCCGCAACGACCACCGUUGGAGCUGUUGGUGGCGAUGGUGUAGGAAGCAGUACAUUCCGUUCGUCAGAAGCUGGUGUCAGCGGUCAGCAGCAACCACCGUCGACGGUACAAAAUCUUCAACUCAAGUUGCCCCUGCACCGGACAGCGAUCGAUGCCGGCUGUGAUCAGGGGUACGGCAGUGAGCGAUCACCGGAAGACGAUCUACCACCGCCAUUGCUGCUGAUGCACGAAACACAGUACAUCGAGAUACUGGCCUCAUCCUCCUCUUCCUCCAUCUCUGCCAGCGGUCCACCACCAUGUCAGCAGGUUCCUUUGGAGAGUGUUGGUGUGGCGUCGGCCGGUUCAGUGCAGCAAGGUGAUCAGCAGCAAGCGACGGCAGGAGUGCAACAGCAGCAGCAGCAGCAACAGUGUUGGGCGCACGGCACCAACACCGGCCAGGUGGUUGUUGGACCAUAUAGUUUUAUUACUAAGGAUUCCAUCUUCUUCGUCCAGGUGUCCAAGGGCUCCCGAGGUCUCGGCUUUUCCGUGUCGGGUGGGUCCGAUUCGUCCGCACCGUACCCGGGGUUGAUCCGCAUCAAGCGGCUCUUUCCACACCAGGCGGCGUGGGCGACGGGGAUGCUCCAGCCAGGAGACAUCCUGCUCGAAGCGAACGGUGUUCCACUGACAGGUCUCACCAACUACCUUGCACUGGAAAUAUUGCGCAAAGCAACGAACAUCGUCACGCUCACCGUUUGCCGACCGAAGGACGAACAGUAUCGCAAACUAUCGCCACCGACCGAACCACCGAGACCACCGCUACGCAAUGCACUCUCGUACGACCAGAGUCAUGGAGCGAGCUCGGUACCGCAGUCACCGCUUCCAGCCGCCAUUCCGUUUCAGCAGCAGCCGCAACAGCCAAUCCACCAUUUCUUCCCUCCUCCGAACGGCAGGAAUCCGCAACUUCAAUCAGUGGCGGCGUUCCUACCGCCGCUCGAUCCCAUACAAACUAACUUCAGUGGAGAGUUCGAGAUUGUACUGACGAAGCAGCAGGGUUCGCUAGGAUUCACCCUGCGCAAAGAGGACGAAUCCGUGCUCGGACACUACGUGCGGGCGCUCGUGCGCGAACCGGCCCUGAGCGAUGGUCGCAUCCGGCCCGGUGACAAGAUAGUCGCCGUGAACGAUGUGCCAGUCUCGUCCAUGACCCACGAGGAGGCUGUGAUAUUUUUGCGCCAGGCAGCAGACGUCGUCCGGCUACGGCUGUACCGUGACCAGGCCCAGACACCGCUUUCGGCCCAUUCCCCGAUCGAGCCGAGCAUCCGGGGCCGGACGCGGCUGUUUCUACGCCCGGAAGCGAUCAAUCUGCUGAGCGAGCUCGCCGCCAACCGGUUUCAUCGUGCCGCGGCCGGUUCCGGUUCGUCGGUCGGCUCGAGCCACACGAACUCGCCGAGACGGUUGCGUCGGGUCGGUGCCCACGCCCAGGCCGGCUUCGACAAUCGUGGCUUCCAGCAACAGCAUUCCCACGACACGCUCAAUUAUUCCGACAGCUGCUCCAAUGCGUCCACCAUUGUCAGCCAAGCCGUGGACGAUCUGGAGGAGGCGUACUACUGCGACGAGGAGAUCGAUGCCAUCGUCGCCAGCGAAGGCAACCAGUCCGGCCGGGACGAACACGAACCGAGACCUCGUCCCACCUUCCUAGAUCUCGAUGCCGGUGCCCGGUUUCAGCUGGCCAGCGCCGGUACCACCGUACAGCAGCUGAACAAUCUCGACCGCAACGCCCUGAACGCUCCGUUACGGUACGGACUGACCGGACCUGGGACGCCCGGGCCCGCCGGUCCCGAUCCGGAUGGACCGAACUUUGUCAGUUUGCCGUGCGAAACGUUCCUGGUGGCGUGCAAAACCGAACAGGAUCUGCAGACGUCCGGCGAUCAGACGGAGGCGAUCUAUGUGCAGCAUUUCGCCCACAAGUCACCACUCUACUCGUCGGUCAACGUACCUUCGCGCGUUGGUGCGGCCGAACUGGUGGAAGCAGUCGAACGAGGAGGCAAGAAGAGUUUGAUGAAGUGGAAGGGAGCUACACUGUUGGGCGAUGAGGAAGAAGCGUCCCAAGAACCACAGGAGCAGCAGGAUACGCUGGUAACGCCAGAUGCGGACGAUUCGAGUCUGGCAGCUACGGCUGGCACAACACUCAGCACCGCAACACCGACGACCGAGCGUGAACUGUUUGAUCUGAAUGCGAGCUGUGGAACGGACAGUGAAGGAAAUCAGAUAUUCACCGUUGAGCUUAACAAGGGAUGGAACAGUCGGCUCGGAUUCAGCCUCAAGCAGGACACGGGACCGAACGGUGCGAUCCGCACCGUCAUCAGCGCCAUCUACCGGGACAGUGUUGCAGCACGAGACGGUCGAUUGCGUGUGGGCGACGUACUGAUCAUGGUCAACGAAGAAUCGGUCGAAGCUGUACCAACGGCCCAGGUAAUCGAGCUGAUGCGUAUCGUGCGUGGAUCAAUCUUCAUCACGCUGAUGCGGCCGACCGGAGUUGGUAGUGCUGGAGGUACCCUCGAACCGACGCCAGAGGAACCGGCUGAGACGUCCGCCACAGGCACGCCGCUUCAGUCGACCGAAGUUGCUGAUGCAGAUAUUAGGGACGGUGGCAGCUCCGGUACUACCGUCACGCAGCAGGAAGAACCUAGUGACGGACAGUCUGCAGAACGUCUGUAGACGGGAGCGAGUGAUGGUUUCUUGGAUGCAGUUGAGGUUACAGGUGCGUGUUACAUAUGAGAGCCCCCUCAGAGUGGGGGUUUCUAUUUAUACUCUUACGUUUGCAGCGUAACAGGUGAUUUUAGAGUGUCAUAGGCGAAGACAGAGGCACCACAGCAGGUGUGAUGGUGUGAGGAUACUAGACUAGGAGAGGAAUAGAUGUAUGUAAGGGUUAUUCAUUCCGUACCGGAAGCCAUAAGCUUCAUUUCCAAAGAAAAAAUGCCAGAGAUUGAGAGAGAGAGAGAAAUAGGUUGAAGCAGAGGACAAAGCUUCAUACAGUACGAGAAUAGUUUGAUGAGGAUAUAAUUGACAAGUCCAGCCCGAGAUAUUGAUCUGUUCAGGCAUAUAAUUGAAUCUGUCCAUCUCAAUAGCUCCGGAGACUAUUCGACUCGCCUUGUCUAGACAUCUUACAGCUAACAACUUCCGACAAAAUUCCACAACCCCUUUGCAAGCGUCAAUUAUAUGGCUGCACGCAUCAUUAUAACUCCAAGAACUUAUCAACUACAUCCUCCGCAAACACCUGGAAAACAAUUCUAGGCAAAUUUAAUUGAAUGUCUCGAACCACGAAGCCCCACGGGGAUUGAGCAGCGAUAGUUCCAUUUAAAAGCAACUUAUAGUAAAACAACAAAGGAAGCAAAACAAAAACACGAUGCUCUAAUUAGCAUUCGUCUCCAAGAUGACUGUAAUCAAAUAUAAUCAGAGCUCUAGUAAUUUUAAAUACCACCCGCCCAGCAACCCUGACCAGUUCCCAGUUCCUUCCCCACGAUUCCUGUGUGUCCAAGUGUCUGUUUUACAGUUCUCUACGGAUAUGGAGAACGAGAAUAGAUAAAAUAGACGAUAGAGAGAGAGAGAGAGAGAGAGAGAGAGAGAGAACGAGAAAGAGUUAAAGAAAGUUGUUAAUGUCUUUUAAAUCCACUCCACACCAUCGUCAACUAAAGGACUCAUUUUCCCUCACCAACCAUUUCCCCGUUUCCAGAGCCCCAUCAUCCACUCACACGAUCGUUGGAGUAUUUUAAAUGUUGUUAGGUGUAGCCAAUGCGCAAACUAGAACAAACGGGCAGAAGAGAAUACCAGGAUAAUCGAAAUUCAAGAAUCUGGUGCCAGCUGUGGCAAUGAUGACGGUGUUGGUGAAUGUUUCGAACAGCGACGACAAAAUUUCCGGCGUCAAGGCAACUGACAGCGCGUGGCGUCGAAGUCUAAAUAAAGGUCAUGUUUGUACUUUGAAA